AUGCAGAGGCGGUUUGGCGCGCCGCUCUCUUCCUUAUUCCCGCUGCUUUUCCUGUUGAGUGAAUCCCCGUCCAAAGCCUUGUCCUCUGUGAUUCCUACAACCGAUUGUGGAACAAGGCGAGUUGUGGAUGACAUAGUAACAGGGACACGAAUUGUUGGUGGGCAUGAUGCCCAGCUUGGUGGAUGGCCAUGGCAAGUUAGUCUUGAGCUUUAUCGUUUCGGUAAAGGAUUUGUUCAUGUAUGUGGUGGAUCAUUAAUUAAUCACAACUCGGUGUUGACAGCUGCACACUGCAUUAAAGAAUGGACGGUCGCUUCGUUUUGGAGAGCUGUGGUUGGAUUGCAUCAUUUUUCUAGAUACCACGUCCAUACUAAAAAGAGCCGGAUCAGGGCUAUCAUUAUGCAUUCUAGUUUUAACAAGAUUACCUAUGAGAAUGACAUUGUCUUGUUUAAACUGAUAGAGUCUAUCAAAUUCAAUCAGUAUAUCCAGCCCAUUUGUAUACCUGAUGCUCCUGUUGCUCUAAAUGAUGAGAUGCCCUGUUUUAUAACUGGAUGGGGACAGACAACAGAAAAAGAGAGAGAGAGAGAUGUAUUACAAGAAGCACAGGUCAAUAUUAUUCCAAUAUCUACUUGUAAUAGACAUGAUUGGUAUGCAGGGAUGGUGAAAAAGGAAAUGCUUUGUGCCGGCUCUGAAAAAGGAGGAAUUGAUGGUUGCCAGGGAGACAGUGGUGGGCCUCUUGCAUGCUAUCUGCCAGAUGUCACCAGGUACUAUCUGGUAGGGAUCAGCAGCUUUGGUUUCGGUUGUGGCCGGCCACGGUUGCCAGGAGUCUAUCUGCAAACAGGUUUUUACAGAAGAUGGAUACAGUCUCAAGUUAUUUUAUUCGAUAAAGCCACGACUAUGAAGACUCCUUAUCUUUUCUUUUUGACUGCAGGAUGGAUAGUUUUCUGCAAUGUUUUAUGA